AUGUUGGGAGAAUCGAUUCAUCACCUGGAUUUAAGUGGAAACAUAUUGGGGAAGGUACAUGGGACGGCGUUUCGCGGUUUGAACAACUUGGAAAGAUUGAAUCUAAGUGAAACAAGACUCUCAUUCGCUGAAUCUAACCCCUUCAAGCAUCUUAAUAAUCUAGAGCAUCUCGAUAUUUCCUUCAACAAUUUAAGUACACUGAAUAUACGUCUAUUCUCAAAAACGUUAAGUAAUUUGUUGCAGUUCCGAGCAGCUGGAAAUCAUUUUGAUAAUUGCCUAGAAAUCAUACACUGUCUCGGAUCAAAACUGUAUGAAUUGGACCUUUCCCAGAGUUUCAUCGGAACAUUGAAUCCCAGCACAUUUAAACAUUUACCAUCACUCAUAUCGCUUAUGCUAAAACGCACAAAUCUAUCGAUUUUUGAUGUUAAACCCUUUAAAACUUUGCAGUGGAGUUUGAAAUACCUUGAUAUUUCGAACAACAACUUGACAAAAUUGAAUUUCUCUACUUCGUUAGUUUUCGAUUAUUUAGAAGAAAUUACCUUGGACGAAAACAACCUCACGCAACUGGAUGGUUUUACUAAGAAUUCAUAUCCAAAACUAACUAAAUUGGAUAUCACAAAUAAUAAAUUUAAUUGCAACUACCUAUCCAUGUUCAGAAAGGAAUGGGAAAGCCUAGAGAUAAUUGGAGAUCGGUGUGGUCAAUUUGGAAACAAUGAAACUCAAAACCCAACUGACACCAGCGUGGAAAAUAGUUCAGUGGAAAAUAUCACAGAAAGCACUGAACUGAUAUCCACUGUUCACAUUGAAAGUGAUAAAGAGGCCCAAAACGAAUCCACAAUCGCCACAAACACAUCAGUGCCAAGCUCUUCUUUCGUUAUUUUCUAUGCCGUUCCGAUCGGUGUGUCUGCUCUAAUCAUCAAUAUCAUAGCCGUUGUUGUCUUCCUUCGUCGGAAAUUCUCUUCGAAAAACAGCGAACAAAUGGAAGUUUCUUACCGCCGAAAUGACAAUGGCGAAGAGCUACAAACAGUACCACAACCAGAGUCAAAAAAAGAGUCAACCCCGGAAGAUCACAUUUACGAGGAAAUUGAGGAACGAGAAUGCCCUUAUGACCGCCUGAGGUUCUAG